UCAAGGCGGCAGACGUAAAAAGGCUGGAUCUUCUUACCCUUGGUCUCAAAGAAAAUUAUGUCUUAUUAAUCCAUUUCCACGAUAUGGGCACACCGCAUCAAAAAUGGCGUCUGCCAAUGACUUGCUUAUUUUUGGCGGUAUCAAUAUGGGAAAAUCUAAAAAUGAUGUUUUUACUGUUGAAAUUGACACACUAAAUGUUCAUAAUGUUUCAACUAUGGGCGACAUUCCUUUAUCUCGAACUUUGCACACACACGCGGAUAUUGGAUCAAAAAUGUUUGUUUUUGGUGGAUUGGUUCAGGAUCCUCAAUUUCCAGAGCCAAAAAUUGAUGAUAAUCUUUACGUGCUUGAUAUCG